AUGACAUCUGCUCGUCAUGUCGUCGUUUCAACAGCCUCCGGGACUGGCCAAGCACAAUCCUUCUACGAAUCACAUCUGACCGACACUUUCAAAUCUCUUGGUUUCAAAGAAGGAGAACAUUUCUUUGUGCAUUUCACAAAAUCUGAAGAUACCAUUACUGAACUCACAAGAAAUGUCUUCUUACCCGCUGCAAACGCUGGAGCUGUACUUUCCAUCAUCUUGCUAAGCGGUGAUGGAGGUGUCGUGGAUAUUAUCAAUGCUGUUCUGACUUCCUCACGAAGUCCUGAUUUUGCUUGUCCUGAGAUCACUUUACUGCCGCUGGGUACUGGAAAUGCAUUGGCAAACUCUCUCGGAAUUACCGCAGACGACAGCAUGGGAUUGUCAACCUUGAUGCAAGGAAAAUCGCGACCUGUACCAAUUCUCCGUACCACUUUCUCUACGGGCUCAAGGCUCCUUAUCCACGAAGGCAGUGAGGAGGCAGAGCUCUUCAACCAUAAAGGCAAGCCAACGAUAUGGGGUGCUGUGGUGUGCAGUUGGGGCAUGCAUGCCUCGCUCGUGGCCGACAGCGACACGACCGAGUAUCGCAAACACGGUGUUGAGCGCUUCCAAAUGGCAGCUAAAGCAGCUCUCUAUCCCGAAGAUGGAUCACCACCGCACAAGUAUCGCGGUCGUGUCUCUAUUCUUCGCGACUCGGAAUGGCAUGAGCUGGACGAAAAAGAGCAUGCAUACGUUCUGGCAACUUUUGUCUCCAACCUCGAAAAGAACUUUACCAUUUCACCUGCAUCGAAACCUCUUGACGGAAAGUUGAGGUUGAUACAUUUUGGUCCCAUGUCUGGCGACGAAGUCAUGGCAAUCAUGACAGAGGCGUACAAAGAGGGUAACCAUGUCAAUGACGACAGAGUUCGCUACGAAGAAAUUGAUGGUUUGAGAAUAGCAUUCGACGACUCAGAGGAGGACGGUCGUUGGAGAAGGAUCUGCGUCGAUGGCAAGAUCAUUCGUGUUGAAAAGGGAGGCUGGGUUGAACUUGUCAAGGAGAACACCCAUGUUCUUGACAUCGUUUGCAGUGCUGAAUAUGUCUGA